AUGCAUGGUGUUAUACUUGAGACGAACAUUAAUCGAGGUGAUGAUGGAGGUUUAUAUGCUGAGCUUAUCUAUAAUCGUGCUUUUCAAGAGAAACAUCGAUCUCUUGAUGGUUGGUCAACAUAUGGUGAAGGAUCGAUCAGUCUUUCAACUGAUCAACCUUUGUCUAAAGCUUUACCAAUCCAUCUGAAAUUCUCAUUUAACUCAAAGGCAACCGUUACUUCGGGCUUGAUGAAUGUUGGUUUUUAUGGAAUCAAUAUUCAAGUUCAAACUUACAAUUCAAGUUUCUUCUACAAACCAUUAUUAGAAGCAUUUAUACCAAAUAACAAAUUAACUAUUGGCCUUAGAGAUUCAACCGGUCGUAUCACAUACGGUAUGAGCACUGUCGAUGUAUCUAGCGCUCUUGUGGAUAAUUGGAGUAAAUUUUCCAGUUCGAUCAUUGUUCAUGAUGCUGCUCCUACAUCGAAUAAUAUUUUUUUCAUUGAAUUUCCUCAAGGAUCUUUUGGUGAAUUUGAAUUUAAUCUUAUUUCAUGCUUUCCUCCCACAUAUAGAAAUCGAACGAAUGGUGCACGUAUGGAUAUUGCCAAUGCCUUUGCAGAACUCAAACCUGGAUUUAUUCGAUUACCUGGAGGUAACGAUCUUGAAGGUCGUUCUAUUUCUGAACGUUUUAUUUGGAAUAAUACGAUUGGUUCUCUCGAACAUCGUCCCGGUCGAAAAGGUACAUGGACAGGUUACAAUACAGAAGGUUUUGGUCUUAUUGAAUUAUUAACAUUUGCUGAGGAUAUUGGUGCAAUACCUAUUUUAGCUGUUUAUGCUGGAUAUUCACUUGAUCAAAGAUCUGUACCGAAAAAUGAACUUCAACCUUAUAUUGAUGAAGUUAUUAAUGAAAUUGAAUUUUUAACUGCUCCUGCUCAUAAAAAUAGAAUGGGUGCACUUCGAGCUAGUCUUGGUCGUCAAGAACCUUUCAAUAUAAAAUACGUCGAAAUUGGUAAUGAAGAUUGGUUAGGUCUUGGUUUAAUCACAUAUAGUUAUCGUUGGUCUGCUUACUAUAAUGCAUUAUCUAAACGCUAUCCUAAUAUUACUUUUAUUGCUACAACAACUGAAUUCAUUCGUCCUCCGCCGCCAGCUACAGAUGAUCAUCAUUAUCGAGGUCCAUUAUAUUUCAUUGAGAAUUUUCGUCAUUAUGAAAAAUUGUCUCGAUCAGGUCCGAAAAUACUUAUCGGUGAAUUUUCCGUAGAGAAUAAUGAUGAUCUCGAAUUUAUGAAUUCUUCUCAAUUUGGACGACUUCAAUAUCCUUCAAUAAAAUCAGCAGUUGCUGAAUCAGUUUAUCGUAUUGGUUUUGAACGAAAUUCUGAUAUUGUUAUUGGUGGUUGUUAUGCUCCAGUUCUUCAAAAUAUUGACAAUACACAAUGGACACCUAAUUUUAUUCUUUUCAAUGCGAGUUUGGUUGUCAAAUCAACAUCAUAUCUUGCUCAACAAAUGUUCGGACAACAUCUUGGCAAUAUUAUUCUCAAUUCUACGGCUUACAAAAACAAUAAUAAGAAAUCAUACAAUGUUCACAAAGGUCAAGAAGGAGAUGGUAAACUUGAUAAACUCUAUUUUAUAGCUACCAAAGAUACUAAAAACAAUACGCUCAUUGUUAAAUUUGCUAAUGUCGAUUCCAAAGAUAUUCUGGUUAAUACACAAAUUAAGAAAUCAUUGAUAUCUUCUAAUGGAAUUGCUUAUACUCUAUCAGCUGGUUCAGGCAUUGAUCCUUCAACUGUACAAAAUACUUUAUCAAAUCCAAAUGCUGCAUCUAUUGUUACUAGUUCUGUUUUCUUAAUAAAUGGAACAUGUUCAAUUACUGUUCCUUCUUGGAGUGUUGUUGUUGUCACAAUUCCAUUGUAA